AGAAAAGCGAACUAUCGAAGUAAUAUCUUUUAGGCUUUUUAACCAGCUGAAUGUAAUGCAGGCUUGUAUAUAUAUACCCCUCACUCGGGCCUUUUCAUUUCCACCAUGCCUGUCUAAACCAUAUCUACUUUCUUCUUCUCAACAGAGAAAAAAAGGUAUCUCUCUUUUAGCCAAGAACAAAAGUUGAUCCCCAAAAAUGGCGAUUAGAAGAUCAAACAAACUGUCGCAGACAGCAGUGAUCAAGCAGAUCGUGAAGAAAUGCUCCGGCUUAGGCGGGAAUAAGAAGCAACAUGGGUACGAUGAACACGGUCUCCCUGUCGACGUGCCGAAGGGGCAUUUCGUGGUUUACGUCGGAGAGAAUCGAAGUAGGUACAUUGUUCCGAUCUCUUUCCUGACGAGGCCGGAGUUUCAGAGCCUUCUCCGACGCGCCGAGGAAGAGUUUGGCUUCGAUCACGACAUGGGACUCACCAUUCCCUGCGACGAAGAUUUCUUCGAAUCUCUAACGUCAAUGCUUAGGUAAAUUAAACCUCAGAAAAAAAAAAAAA